AAAUUUUCACAAUAAAACAUGUUAUCUUUGUAAAAUAAAUUUUAUUUAUUAAGUUUGGAAUUUUUAUAAUUCUAUUCCAGAAAUGAAUGAGUACAAAAAUAAUCAACAUGUUAAAACAGUAGCUUCAUACUGACAACAUGGCAUCAUGCAAAGAAGAUGCCGAAACAAAUUUUGGAGGUCUUAAGUUGGAUGUGUCCAAAUGGUUUGACAGACGAUGCAGUCUCAGCAUGUUAAAAGUGUUGUACAGAGACCAUGUAAAAGAUACUUAUGCAUUACAUAAGUGUUCUAAAAUGAUGGACAUCAUUGAGUUACUGAUUGGUGCUGGACAUCUGACUCCAAACAAUCUCACUCUCCUCUAUGAAACUAUUAAGGUAACACAACAAUUUGGCAUGGAACAGUUAAUUAAAGAUCGACAUCCAUCAUUCCUGAUACCAAAAGAUAUCAAGAAUAUUGUAAUCACAGAAUUUACACUUCAUCGACAAAGACUUGUAAAUCUGGGAAUGGCACUGAGUCCAGAUGAAAUAAAACAGAUUGGUGGAUUGUAUAGUGUUGCAGAGGAACACGCAGCUGAAAGCUGGACUUUGAUAAUGGAUCUAGAGCAGAGAAUGGUAAUUUGUGAAGGAGAGAUGGAAGCCUUCAUUGAAAACUUGAAGAAAUAUAACCUCACAAGGGCAGGAAAAGCUCUAACAGAAGAUAAGACAAUAUUGGUUAAUAAACCAAAGAGCACAGCAACAUCUUCGGAUUCUGUUAAGAUGUCUCCCAGUGAUUGGACAAAAUGUGUUUGCGGAAAUGAAAGGCGGGUAAAAUACUAUUGCCAAAAUUGCAAGCAUUACCUAUGCUCUACAUGUCAUGAAUGUCACAAAAUAUUUCCAAUGUCAGCAAAUCACAAGCUAUAUUUAGCAGAGGAUGUGCGAUCAAUGAAGCCUUUACAGAUUGCUUCACUGCAACGUGAUCCUGAGAAUGUUACAAAAUUGAAGGCAGAAGAAGUUCAUAAACUAGAUGUGAGUGCUCAUGGUAAACCAGUGGAACAGUCACCAAUGAAAAUCAAAGUGGAAAAAGAUGUGCGAUCAACGAAGCCUUUACAGAUUGCCUCACUGCAACAAGGUGAUCCUGAGAUAGUUAAAAAAUUGAGGGCAAAAGAAGUUCAUAAACUAGGUGUGAGUGCUCAUGGCAAACCAGUGGAGCAGUCACCAAUGAAAAUCAAAAUGGAAAAAGAUGUGCGAUCAACGAAGCCUUUACAGAUUGCCUCACUGCAACAAGGUGAUCCUGAGAUUGUUACAAAUGUGAUGGCAGCAGUUUAUAAACUAAAUGCGAGUGCUCAAGGCAAACCAAUGAAGCAGGCACCAAUGAAAAUCAAAGAAGAAAAGGAUGUGCAAUCAACGAAGCCUUUACAGUUUGCCUCACUUCAACUUUGUGGUCCUGAUUUAACACAAGUGGAUGCAGCAGGAGUUGAUACAAGUGCUCCUGGCAAGCCGAUUAACAGGCACCAAUGGAAAACAAAGUAGAAAAAGAAGGAUUAGUAAAUUCCUUUCAAAUACUUAACAAAUUUUUUGUUAUUGAUAUAGUUAAGUGUGAAGAUGAUUGCUUACUGAUUUCAUCUGCCCAAAAUAUAAUUCUCAAGAACAAGUUAUUAGGAGAAUAUAUUGGUACGAUUACACUACCAAAAGGUGUGAAUGUUAACAAAAUGUUAGAAAUGAAAAAUGGUAACAUAGCAAUAAAUGAUUAUUUUAAACAAAACAUCAUAAUAUGUAAUAUGAAUGGUCAGGUGAUCAAAUCAAUUGGUAAUGGAUUAUUAAGGCAUCCAUUUGGUAUCCAUGUGGAUAACGCAUCAAAUACUUUGUAUGUAUUUGAUGGUCGUGUGUUCACCUUUGACAUUAAUAGUGGACAGAUGAUCAGGAAAAUAGAGUUAUCAGGCAUACAAGAAGGUCAAAAGUUACGUGAUAUCACUCUCACGAACCAAGGAAAUCUUCUUGUACUGGAGGAUAACAGGAGAUUACGACUAUUUGAUAAUGAGGGAAAGUUCAUUAAAGUUCUUGUUGAAGCUAGUUCUGAAAAUAGGGAAUUCAG